AUGGUUUUGCUCAACUCAUCGUCCAAGGACGAGCACAACAUGCAGAACGAUUCGAUUGAAGAUGGGGAACAUGAGGAUACCGGGUCGGAAUUAAACGCCAUUCAACAAGAACAUCUGGCGCAUCAUCAACAAUUGGAAGAAUUCUUGUCACCAUUGUCUCUGGAUGAAGCCGUGCUAUAUAAACUAGCUCGGCGGUUUUCUACCACAUAUCGCAACCUUGCCCUGACAUCAGACCAGCAGUUUUUGCCAACACCUGUGACUCAGCUUCCUACUGGUCGGGAAACUGGUCGCUAUCUAGCGAUCGAUGUAGGAGGCAGCAACCUUCGAGUCGCUUUUAUCGAGUUGCUUGGAGAAGCCGUGGAUUCCGACAUUCGAUUUACAGAUGCCACAGAAAGGUCACAGGACACCAUCCGGAAAGCCCAGCGCCAGCGGGUGAAGCGAACGCUAGAACGAGCUUGGCCUAUCCAAGAGCAUUUUAAGAAGGACAAGGCCGAGGAUCUAUUUUCUUGGAUCGGUGAUUGCAUUGCGGAGGUGAUAGCAGAGAGUCUAUCAUCGGAUGCCACUAAAAAGGAUAUUCCGGCCGAAUUAGAUAUGGGAAUUACGUUCAGUUUCCCCAUUAUGCAAGAAUCAUUGGCAGAAGCCACAUUAAUGCCCAUGGGAAAAGGCUUCGCUAUGUCAUCAAAUCUCAAUCUUGGCCAGAUCCUUCUGAAUGGAUAUGACAAACACACAAGGCGCCCUGAUGAUGAAGAUGAACCUUCCACCAAACGUCGAAAGCUUUUCGCAUUACCAAAACUGAAAAUUCAAGCUAUCACCAAUGACACAGUGGCCACGCUAGCUUCCCUUGCAUACAAGGUCAAAUCUCUACCAAACAGUAGAGUCGCCAUGGGUAUCAUUGUGGGCACUGGCUGUAACGCGACCAUCCCAAUGAAGCUCAAUGCAUUGCACGAAUCUAAGGCCAAAGCUGUGAAUAUAAUGGAACCUAGCGCUGUGGAGACUAUCGUCAAUACCGAGUGGACUAUUUCUGGUGCUGCACCACCGCUCAAGGAGCUCAAUGUAACCACGAAAUGGGAUAUCGAGCUAGACCGGGCCUGUCCACGCCCAGGCUUCCAGCCCUUCGAAUACAUGACCGGAGGCCGCUACAUCGGUGAGCUGAUUCGCUUGAUCCUAUUUGACUACCUCACAACCGUCACCAAAUUAUCGAAAGGCUCCCUUCCUGCAAACCUCAUCCAAGCAUACGCCCUAACAACCACAUACAUCUCCGACCAUGUCGCCAAAGCCCGAUCUGACAACGACCUCGCCCAAGACUUGAAUAAAUCUCUCCCUCCGCCAGAGAGUAGUGACUGGCGCUGGGAUGACCGAGCCGCGGGCGCAUUCAGAAAGAUUGCUCGUACGGUACAGAGACGAUCAGCUGGGCUGAUCGCCGCUGCAGUGGUCGGACUCCUAUCCUGUGCUCGCGAGAUCGAACUCAAGGAAGACAGCAACAGCAGCUCACCUGAGAAUCCCGCUUCGCCCCAGAGCAACGGUGACGCCAUUACUGAAUUUUUCCGUGCACCAGACGCUGCCGCUGCAAGCCUCAACUCUUCCGCUGUUGCUGCCAAUCACGCAGCUCAAGAACAUGUCGUCCCCGUCAUCGAUCCCACGCCAAUAGAUUGGCAGUCUGGUCCUGAGGAGCUCGUCGUAGCUUACACUGGUGGCAUUAUCCAACAUUACCCGCAAUUCAAGGAGAUGUGCCAGCAAUACAUUGAUCGCCUUAUCAUGCGGACUGGUCCGCAACGAGGUGGUAAGUCUGUUUUCUUGCGGGAGGCCUGCGACGGUGGUGUCAUUGGCGCUGGUGUUUUGGCUGGCAUGGUUGUUCGGAAAUGA